AUGGAUCAAUAUAUUAUCAAUGAUUUGAAACUGUUCAAUACUGCAAAGCAAGUGUUGCAAAGGAUGAGGGAUAGUGGAUGGAGAUCAUUAUUGGAUGAUAUCUUUUCUUUUUGUGAUAAAUAUGAGAUAGCGAUCCGAAAAAUGGAUGCUCGCUACAUUCCUGGUAAGUUGAAACGUAGAACUCUUAAUGUUACAUAUUCUUAUUAUUUUCGGAUUGAAAGAUUUUGUGCUAUUAUUGAUUUGCUACUUCAGGAGCUUAAUAAUCAUUUCGACGUUGUGAGUACUGACUUACUUCUCGGUAUGGCUUAUUUACAUUCAUCUAAGUUAUUUGGUAAUUUUGAUAAGAAAAAACUAAUGAGGUUGGCUGAAUAUUAUCUGAAUGAGUUUGAUAGCAGCAAACUUCGAGAUCUCAGUUGUCAGCUUGAUAAUUUCAUAGCACAUGUUCGAGGUUCUAAUAAAAGAUUUUUCAAUAUGGAGGGAAUUAUUGAUCUUGCUAAAGUAUUGAUUGAAUCAGAUUUGCAUCAGACUUGGCCUCUUGUUUAUUUGCUCAUCAAGUUGACUCUCAUUCUUUCCGUUGCUACUGCUUUUGUAAAACGAGCAUUCUCUUCCAUGAACUACAUCAAAAAUGAACUCCCCAACAGCAUGGGUGAUGAAUUUUUAAAUAGUUGUUUAGUUUGCUAUGUAGAGCAUAAGAUAUUUGCAUUUGUAAGUAAUUAUGCUAUUAUUCAUCGUUUUCAAAAUAUGAAAAGUCGUCAGCACAGUUGUGAUUGGUGUCCUAUGAUUAGAAGUCUUUUUUCUGAAUUCAGACUUAUGAACUGA